AUGGGCUGCUGCGUCGUCCCCUGGGCGCAGUACAUCCACGACAUUCGGCUGGUUUACCAGGCCAUCGAGUUCGGCCCCUGCUUGUCCACCGCCCGCACCCGGCUGACGACGCUGUCGGAGAAGACCCAACUUUAUCGUUUGUUGAAUGGCGAGUUGGAGUGCGGCCGCGAGGCGGCGGGGGAAAGGAGGGGGGGGGUUUACGCCCGGGCCGCCUACGUCGAUAACGCGGUGCGAAUGCGAUGGUCGGUCACCGCCGCCGAAUUCCUGCAUGCGCUCGUCCGGGGCGCGGUGGAGCAGCCGCGGAUGCCGCUCCUGGUGGACCGCGAAACCGCCGAGGUGCUUUCGAUCAAGGAGUACCUUCAACUCGGGGGCGUGGGGAAUGCGCAGGAGCUCACCAUCGAGGGCCUCGGCUUGCACCCGACGCUUUACCGCAAUAAGUUUAUCCCCUACGACAUGUUCGAUGAGGGGCUGAACCCGGCCGGGCGGUUCGGCUCGACGCUUUUGCAGGCGGUGUGGUCCACCGGGGGGCCGCACCAGGGGGAUCUCUGCGGGGCCCUCAUCCGCGCCGAGUUGGAGGAUAAUGAGUACAAGACCAAGCAAGUCGUCGCGACCGAGAUGUUGAUCGAGCUUUAUGGGCAUCACCCCGAGGAGAUGCGGCGGCUCGCGGGGUGGAUGCGGCGGCAGGGGUUUAACAAAUUUACAAACAACCGAUGGGUGUUGAACUUUUGCCCGGAGCGGCCGCCCGCGGAGACCCCGGACGGGCUGCCGAUUAUCAGCCAGACGGUCGAGGACCAACUUCGCCAUUUUUUCGAGCCUUUGAUGGCUGCGACGCUCUACCCGGCUGACCCGAUGUGGGUCGAUAUCGCGCAAAUGCUAGAGUGCACAGGGGCGAUCAGUAUCCACGCGGGGGUGGCGCCCCGCGUACAGGGGUUUCUUCCCACCCCCCACCCCCCGAAUUCCAUCCCCUACGACGCCUCCGUGAGCGAUUAUUACUUUGCGUACUACAUUUGGGCGAAUCUUUCCGUCCUGAACGCGCUGCGGAGGCGGGUGGGGCUGCCGACGCUGCGAUUUCACCCCGCCGUCAACGCCCCGGCGCCGAUGUUUGAUCAGCUGGUUUGUAGUUUUUUGCUCGGCGACGUCGUCUACCACGCGUCGUCGCUGGAGAAGAGUUGGAUUAUGCAAUACCUCUUUAUGAUUUGCCGGAUCGGGGUGGUGAUGUCGCCCUUGCGGGAUAACGCGCUGCGGGUUUCCUAUUUUGAUCAUUUUUUCGUCCAAUACUUCCAUCAGGGGCUUUUGGUCUCGCUUUGCACCUUCGAGCCGCUUUAUUUUCACCACCGCCUCAAACAGCCUUUGCUGGAGGAGUACGCGACGUUGAUGAAACUUCGCUCGUUGAGCCCGAUGGAUAUCUGCGAGAUCGCGCACAACAGCGUUCUUAACAGCAGCUUCCCCGAGUCCAAAAAGCAAGAUUGGCUGGGCAGGCCCGAGGCCUUGCCAGGGGUCACCCACUGCGAGAUCGGCCGCGCGAAUCUUUGCUAUUAUCGCCAACAAUUCCGCCUGGAAAGUUUUCUUCACGAGGAGGCGUUAUUGCGGUCGAUGUUGGCGAGCGUGGCGAGGCGGAACGGCGGGGCCCCGCUUUUCGUCCAACCGCGCCUCGAGGGGCCCGGGGGCGAUUUCGCGGUCACCUCCCACCAGCCCGAUCUCCCGCAGCUUCGUUCCUUUUUGCGGAUGAAUUAUACGGAUAACCGCAUUGUGUAUCCGCGGAUUGAUAUUUACAGCGAUGGCGACCCUUCCCGGCGAAAUCCGAAAAUGAAAGAGGCGGUCCAGAUGCUCCGCCAUUCCGUUUCCCUCCGUGGGAAGUACAACAACUUCGCCAAUCAGGUCGAGGCAAGUGUAGAGGAGGUGUUUACGCGUUCAAAUCAACUCGAUGAGGAGAGCUGGGAGUACAACAAAUACUACGAUGUGUUUUUGCUCUCGCGUAUUGGCAAGAGCACCUCGUGGCCGACUUUUAUUCCAACCGUGCAGGAGUUUAUUCACGACGUGGAGAGCAUUCGACGCGCCGUGAGCGCGGGAUCGCUGCAAUGCCUCGCGGUGCACCGCCUGAAACUCCUCGAUCGCAAGUUUUUGCUCCACCUUUCCAUGAACAUCUACAACGAGGCCGGGGCCAAAGAGGACAAAUCGUGGAAUAAUCGAGACUUCUUCACCGCCUACAAGGUGGACACCAAUGUCCAGAUGAAUGCGGGGCAUAACGCCCGGAUGAUGUUGGAGUUUUUUGUCGAUAAAGCCCACAACCACAGCGACGAUGUGGUUUUUGAGGAAAACGAGCUCCCGAUCACCCUCCGCCAGCUCCUCAGCCGCUACCAAAUCAGCGUCGACCAGAUCACCGUGGAUGAAUUACAACACCAGCUUAACACCCACGACGACCUUCUCAGUAUCUUUCUUUCCCCGCAUAAUUUUAUGCAAGGACGCUACUUUGCCGAGCUCACGAAAAAAACGCUCCAACUUUUUCAGGAAGAUGCCUUUACCUUUGUGGAAAGUCGCCUGAUGUUGAGUGGGGCGUCGAGCGAGGAAUGGCAGCUCCUCGCGGCGUGGUUCGACCGCUAUGGGAUGGCGAGCUCGCUUUGUCGGUGGGUCGUGAGUAUUCCUCGGCAAUAUCGCCGACUCCGCCAAGAAGGAAAAGUGGAGAGUUUUGGACGCUUUUUGGACAAUAUUUUUCGCCCUCUGUGGGAAGUGAGCCUACACCCCGCGAAGAACUCCAAAUUGCACUACUUUUUAGCUUACGUGACCGGGUUUGACUGCGUGGAGGAUGAGUCCAAGGUGGAUUUGCCCCUCACCAGCGUCUAUCCGUUUCACUGGCGGAGCGAUUUGAACCCGCCGUAUAAUUUUUAUUUGUACUAUUUAUGGGCGAAUAUCACCUCGCUGAACGAAUUUCGCGCGUCGCGUGGGCUGGGGACCUUCACGUUUCGCCCGCAAUGCGGGGAGCAAGGCAGCAUGGAUCAUCUGAUCGGGGGUUUUUUAUUAGCAAACGGGAUUAAUCAUGGCGUGACCUUGGCCAAACAUCCUGUGUUGGAGUAUAUGUACUAUCUAAGCCAAUUGGGUAUUGCCAUGUCCCCUCUUAGCAAUACUGCCAACGUCUGCGGUUACCUCGAAAACGCCUUUCCCACCUAUUUCCAUCGUGGGUUAAACGUGAGUUUGGCAACCAAUAAACCCCUUUACUUUCACUUCACGCGGGAGCCUCUAAUGGAAGAGUACUUUAUCGCCGCGAAGCUUUGGCGGCUGGAGUAUAAUGACCUUUCCGAGAUCGCGCGGAAUAGCGUUCUGCAGUGUGGCUUUCCAACGGCAUGGAAAGCGGAAGCCCUAGGGCCGCUUUAUCAGCUCCGCUCAACGCUGGGGAAUGAUGUUCGCAAAAGUCGCGUCUCGGACAUCCGCGUCGCCUUUCGCUACGAGACCUAUCACACGGAGUUAAACUUCUUGGAUGAACAGCUCUCAUCGCUGCAGCGCAUGCCGCGCGCGAUGAAUUCUUUGGAAAAGGAAGUUCUAUUUUAUAAAGCGCUGAAAGGCCGAAAGUCGGUGAGCGAUAAUACCCAUGGGGGGGCCACACCCAGUCUAGAUACCUGCACCUCUUGGCCACAGCCCAGUUUAGACAGACCCGCGCGGCUGAAUGAACCCGCCACGAAUGCGGGCAAUUCUCCUCAAAAACAAACGGACGAGAACGUCGAGGAGAUGACAACGAGCAUGCCCGGCGAUUCUAUUUCCGAUAUUUCGUUCCCCAAGCACCAGGACAAGCACACGGAGACUUUAAAGACCGAUAUUGAGGACUUGGAUCGUGAGCUAAUGCGUCUACAAAACCUUUCGACGCAGCUUAACGAGGCAAACAGUACAAUCGCGGCUGAGGUUGACAAAAUGCGAGCUCAGCUCAAGGCGGAUGCGUUAGUUAUUAUGGGUGGGCUUGCCCACAACAACCACGAACAAUCUGACGAAGCAGGCGAUAGUGGGAUCAGUUGA